AUGGCAAAGAAGAAAAGCCGUGACGAAUAUGGAAUAUUAUUUGAUUAUAACCCUAUCUACUUUCCAAUCUGUGUCCUACUAGCCUUAGGCUGGAGACGUUUUCGUAUACCAAUCAUCAUUCCAAGAGAUUUCACUGCUACGGAUUUAGAUGUUGAGCAUCGUCUGGCGUACUUCCGUGAAGACAUCGGCGUCAAUCUACACCACUGGCACUGGCAUCUUGUUUAUCCCUUCUCUGCUCCCCGGAGAGAAAUGGUUGCUAAGGAUCGUCGCGGAGAAUUGUUCCUCUACAUGCACCAGCAGAUAAUAGCUCGAUACAACGGCGAGCGUCUUAACAACAUGCUGUCAAGAGUUAAGAAAUUCAGUAACUGGUCGGAAGCCAUACCCGAAGCUUACUAUCCAAAACUUGACAACCUAACAACCUCCCGAGGCUGGCCGCCGCGGCAGGCGGGUAUGAAGUGGCAAGACCUGGAUAGACCGGUGGACAACCUGAAGGUGACCCUUGGAGAUAUGAUGCGUUGGAGGCGAAACAUCGAUGACGCUAUCUCCACCGGCUUCGUGAUUCUGCCGGACGGUAGCACUCAGCCUUUGGAUGCGGACACUCUCGGAAACAUGGUGGAGGCGAGCAUUCUGUCUCCCAACCCACAACUAUACGGAUCCCUUCACAACAACGGACACAACUUCACAGCUUACAUUCACGAUCCACAACACAGAUACCUGGAAUCCACGAGCGUCAUGGCUGACGAAGCUACCACGAUGAGGGAUCCUUUCUUCUACCGCUGGCACGCCUUCGUCGAUGAUCUCUACCAGAAGUACAAGGAGUCUGAAUCUGUGACUAGAUACAUGCGCAGUCAACUGGAUAACCCAGAUGUAACAAUAACAAACGUUCGUAUAGUCAGCGACUCCGGUCCUGAUAACACACUGAACACUUUCUGGAUGCAGAGCGACGUCGAGCUCUCGAAAGGUCUCGACUUCUCCGAAAGAGGAUCAGUUCUCGCGAGAUUCACUCACCUGAACCAUAGAGAUUUUAGAUACGAAAUCGACGUCAUGAAUUCGGGUAAAGCUCGUCUCACAACCGUGAGAAUCUUCAUGGCUCCCUCAUUGGAUGAACGAAAAUUGCCGUGGAUAUUAAACGACCAAAGGAAAAUGUUCAUAGAAAUGGACAAAUUCGUCACCACCCUGAACGGCGGGCCGAACAAGAUCGUUCGGUCAUCUACGGAGUCGUCGGUAACGAUCCCGUUCGAGCAGACGUUCCGCGACCUGUCCCGCCCCGGAGACCAGACGUCUGGAGACCUUACAUCCACCAGCUUCUGUGGCUGUGGGUGGCCGCAGCACAUGCUGGUGCCCAAAGGGACGGAGGCCGGCGCGCAAUACGACCUCUUUGUCAUGCUCUCCAACUACGAUCAUGAUAGUGUGAACAAUCCUGAUGGGUCGCCGAUGACCUGCAAGGAGGCUUCCAGCUACUGCGGUCUUAAAGACCGGCUGUAUCCUGACAGACGCAGCAUGGGCUACCCCUUCGACAGACCUUCCCGCGACGCUGCCAACCUCCAGGACUUCCUGCUACCCAACAUGUUCAAGCAGGACAUAAGAAUCGUAUUACAGAACAGCCCCGUCGAGAUCAAUCCGAGAAACCCUAGUAAUUAG